AUGCGCUUCCUGUCUUGCGUCUCUGCUGCCCUCGUGGCCAUCUUCGCGUCUGCCACCUAUGCGGUCCCCAUCAAUGGUGGCGUCAACUGCACUCAGCUCGAACAACAGAUCGCCACUCUCCAGCAGGGGGUGAGCACGGCCAACGGAACCAACCCGGAAGGAGUCCAGGCUGCUCAGCAGCUGCUGUACGGUGCGAGGCUCGUGCAGGCCACCGAGUGCACCAACUCUGCGCCGGCGAAGCGAUUCUUCCCUCCUGUAAGUAACGCGGAACGUGAAAGUGAGACGUGGUGA